CCAAUUAUUUAAAUCGAAUUCUCGUUGAGAGUAACAAGUCUAAGUGAAAACAAAAUAAUGCUUUGUAAUCAUAAAAUAUUGACCACUUUAUAUUUCACUGUUAUAUUUAUUUAUGUAAAUGGAAAUUCUUUAUCUGUGGAAAGAUUUAAACGACAAAAUAAUGAAUCGCCAACAAUUAUAGGAAGAUUUAUUAACAGAUUUAUCCGGCCGCCUAAUGAUCCAGAAACUGAGAGAACACCAAAUACUUUCGAUUAUGGUUCAUGUCAACUCUCUAAGUCUAAAACAUCAGCGCCUGGGUUCGUCUGCAAAGGUCAGCUGUUAUUUGAAGAUAAUUUUAAUAGUGACCUCAAUGAGGGAAUGAUAUGGACUUCUGAAGUUAAGAUGCCAGUACAACCGGAUUAUCCAUUCAAUUUGUACGAAGAUAGGGCUGAAGUGAAAGAUGGUAAACUUUUGAUUAGUCCUAUCACACUGGCUUCGAAGUACGGGAGUGAUUUUGUAAGACGAUCCAUGUCUUUACGCCACAGUUGUACAGGAUCGACAUAUGAGGAAUGUAAUAUGGAAGCAUUUGGACCCCAAAUUCUACCUCCAGCUAUCACUGCUAAGAUAACAACGAGAAACACUUUUAGUUUCAAAUACGGUAGAAUAGAAGUUGGAGCUAAAAUGCCAAUAGGAGAUUGGCUGAUACCUCUGAUACAACUGGAGCCACGUGACAACGUCUACGGAUCAUUGAACUACGCGUCAGGUUUGAUCCGCAUCGCAUGUGUUAAAGGCAACAUGGAGUUGUCUAAGAAAUUAUACGGAGGUGCCAUCGUCGGUCAUUCUGAGCCAUUGAGAAGUAGGUAUUUACGAGAAAAACAAAAUAAUCAACAAUGGAGUAAAAGCUUUCAUAAUUUCACAUUGGUAUGGAGUCCAGACGAGAUAGUUAUGUAUGUUGAUGGAGAAAAUUAUGGAAGAGUAAAGCCUCCGAAUGGAUUUUUUGAAGAUGUAAAAAAACUCAAUACCAGUACAUCCGCUAAUUGGGUUAAAGGAAGCAAUAUGGCUCCUCUAGAUGAAAUGUUCCAUGUAUCAAUCGGUCUGGAUGUUGGCGGUGUCCAUGAAUUUCAAGAUUCCCCUAAUAAGCCAUGGAAGAAUUCUUCAAACAAAGCCAUGCUUGAGUUCUGGAACGCGCGCCACUUGUGGUAUCCAACAUGGACUUUAGAGAGUGUAUUAAGUGUCGAUUACAUACGUAUUUACGCCUUGUAACAUAACAUUUUAGUUCAUUUUAAUGAUCCUCGGAAUGUGGUGGCAGAACUCUUGCUCCUUUUCGCUUUUGUAAAUAAUAAAGUUUUUUUUUAUGAAAUAAACGAAA